UUGAUGUUUCUUCUGUUUUUGGAGGCGACAUCAUAAUUUGUCAACCCAAAAACUCGAGACUACUUUCCCUUCUGAAAUAUGACGUCUGUGUAUAUGUAUAUUGCUUGAAAAUGAAUGAGACAAUUAUUAUCGUGAAUCAGGUCCAUAGAAUAUAAAUUAUAUAAUUUCCAUGUAGGUACACCAUCUCCAAAAAAGAAGCGAAAUAACUCCACUCCGACGAAAAAAAAUGUAGCUGAGAAGCGACAAAUCCUCCAACAACUAAUUUCGCCCAAACCGGAUUCUAAAAAAGUUAGUUUGGGCGAAUUGAUUCAAUUGAGUGAGAUAGGCAAAAGUAACAGUGGAUCUAAAAAUGGAAAGGAUGCAGAAACCAAAUUCAUCGAUACUGCCCAGUCUGCUCUCUUCGACCCCAAGUUGGAGAAGAAGGUAACGUUCGCUAGGCUACUGAAUAAAGUUUCAGCGGAAAUGAGUUCGGGAAGCGAAGUUGAACUUGGUAUCAUGCAGACCAAUAGACUAGGGUGUAUGUUCGCUAGACCGGCUAGCACUCCCCCCUCUCCAAACGUCGAUAUGAGGUCUCCAAAUAGCACUUCCAGCAACCAAGGUAGUGAUUCGUUCACUAGCUCUGAUCUUGCUAUCCCGAGUGCUUUGAGUACAAGUAUUUCAGAUCUCCUGAUCAACAGAAGACACAACAGACUACCCAACGGUCAUCAGAAACCCGCCAGUGCUGAUUCUAUUCUGGCAAUGUUCCGAAGCUUCUCUUCUAGUUCCGCAGCAGCUAAUUUACCUUCGUCUUUGAGAGUAUCACCCUCCACUACUCCAACAGCUUCCAGCCCCCAAGAUGACGUAGCUGGAGAUGACGAAUCGUCUACUUCUUCCAUCCAUACACCUGUUUCGUUCUCGAGCGGAGCGCCUGAGAGUCCCAUUUCGCAACGUCACAGUACCAUAGAAGUGCCUGUUCUCGACCCUUUUAGCGCGCACAAAUCCCCUUCUAGUGGCAGUAACUUAUUGCACCCGCCUUCUAUAUUAUUGGAAAUACCUAGCACAAUCAAUAAGUGCCUUUCUCCCAUUAGGGAAAUGCCAACGCCGUUGCCAUCGCCAAUGCCAUCGCCUGCUUUGACGCCGAUCAUGAGGCGCAGUACGGCAUCGUCUUCUUUGGAUGACGCAGAUUUAAGCGAUGACAGGAUUUCCGUGGAAAUUCCCAAUAUUUCUAUCAGUAGCGAUGUAGACGACGAUGAUAUUCAUUGCCCGGACAUUGCCAUUGAUCCACAAGCCGAAGAUGGACUCAUUUUGGAGGAAGCUGCCGCUAUGCAACAUCCAGCUUUGCACAGACAGAAAAAUCGCCCUACUCCAAUUGGACUUCCACAAGAGAGGAAUAAACCUGUCAUAACAAUCACCGUGGAUCCUCCUCCUCUGGAAAUUCCAACACUAAUCAUUCAAACACCGUCACCGACUCAUCCCAAAAUACCAUCUAUCUCAUUUCCAGGAUCACCACCGCCACAUGUACCAAAUCUGUCGAACGAUUCCUGUUUUCAGUUUCCUUCCCCGAAACAGUCAAGGAAAAUGCUGAAGGAUUUUGAUAAACCUACUUCACUUGAUCUGCCUUCUGUUCCACCGAUGAUCACCAUUACCUACAACAUGAGUGAGAUAGAAUCUGAUACUGAAUCUAUUUCUCCUGCUGUCAAAUCCACAGGUCAUCUAGGCCCAUCUGCAGGGAUGACUUAUCUCAGUCCAUUUUCUAUGAAUUCUAGAGGAGAACACACUGCUUCCGAGAGUAACUUGAGCUCUUCGGGAUAUAGUUCGAUGGCGAGUCCUGGACCCUCGAGGUGCGGAUCUAGCAAUCCAUUAUGUCCAGGUGAAAUGGAUGAUCAUGGUUCCGCUGGAUCCCAGAGGAGACAGUCAAUAACUCCAGUACUGAAAUCAUCAGCAAGUCCUUCAACAUGUGAUAAGCUUGAACAGAGUACAAAAGAACAAAGACGGGGAAGAUCUGAUUCUGAAACUCUAUCUGAUGAACAGCUUGCAGAAUCCAACGAUGAAGGAAUUGGAACAGAUCAUAUCGAUGAAAAAAUUGAUGAAGGUGCGUUGAAGAGCGCCAAAGAAUUGGAAGUGUUCAUGGUGAAUGAAAGCGAAAACUGUAAAACUAUGUUGGAUCUUCCUAUGAUUUCUUUGCUCACCACUCCAAAAGUAGUCAAGUGUACAAGUCUGGACGAUCCCACAGACCGGCUACUAUCACCUCUAGUAGUGAAUGGUAAAAACUCUCUGCAGUUACCUUCAAUUGUGGUUCAGUGCGAGACACCAGGAUGUGAAAAACAUCUGAGUCCCAUGAGUUCCCGAAGCGAGAGUCCUCUCAGCGACCGCACCACCGGUAUGGGAAGAUUUUCACCACAGUUUUAUGGAAGGCAUAAGGAUUUGCUACCAUUCACUGACUCAGAUGGAUUAUAUGACUUUCCAAGUUCCGACAAAGUGAAUGUCACAACUCAUUUGCAUCACAAAAAGCCCGGAAGGAAAAGAGAGAAAAGAGCGCUUCGCAACUGUAAGACACCCAGUCCAACUAAACCAACGCAAUUUCUUUCACAGGUUCAUUUAAGUCAUUUAGAUAUUCCCAGUAAAGAUUCUUUGUAUAAAGUUCCGCCACCAAGAAAACUAAGUCCGAAACGAAGACUCAAUCGCUCUCAAGUAGUUAGUUCUUCAUCAAGUUCAGACAGUAUCACUCAGAGAGAUACUAGGCAAUCUUCAUCCAGUCAAAGUCCUGACACAAUAAGAUGGUCUUCACCCAUUGCAUGGAUUGGAGAAAAAUGUUCCAGGUCCGCAGGAGAGUCAUGCCAGGAUAUUCAGAAUAUCGAGACCCCUUCAUUAGCUAAAUCAGUAGAAUUUUCAAAAAACCAUCAUGGUUGUCACCAAAAAGUCAGCAGAUUACGUACUAUAAGUCAUCAAAUAAGAUUCCUGCGUAGACUUGAGCAGAGCCUUCGAAAGAGAGAUCGAAACCAGAGCCCAUCGGACAGUGACGAAGAUUCUUCGAAAGUUACGUCUCCACUUCUACAGCCGUCGAAAGAUAUCAAAGUUGAAAUUCGGAAAAGUAACAGUAUAGGAAAAUUGCAGGGUGGUGGUUCAACAAGGGAUAAGUACAGAAGAGAGGAUUAUGCCUCAUCUCAAGACCAAUCACUGAAAGUCCUUUUACCAGGUCAUGGUCAUUCUGAUUAGCCAGAGAAUGAUUGAUCUGUUAAAUAUAACUGUACCAAUUUCAUGAUAAUGAUAUGAACGAAAGUUUUAUUAAUGUCGACAUAUUUGCUCAAUAACAUUGAGGGAGGACAAUAACAAAACAAUUGAUC